CACAGUUGCUUUUGUAGCAAUCUUCUACACGUUUGAUCUGUGUGACGAAAAGUUCUAUGUAAAUCUGAAAUAACUUUUACAAUAUUAGAAUUGUAUUUGUUGAUAUUUGAACGUGUUAUACUUGAAAAAGUAAACAAAUACGAAAUGAAUAUUACUAAAAUGUUAUUAAUAAGGAACUUUAGUAGUUUUACAAAGCGAACAUUUUUGAAUCGUGAAAGUGGCCUUCGUAGUACGUUAUAUGCAGCAGAAUAUAUCAGACAGGCAUCUGCCGUUACACCAUUGAAUACAAUUAUAAUGUUUGUGCCGCAACAAGAGGCUUGGAUUGUAGAAAGAAUGGGAAAGUUUCAUAAAGUUUUAGAACCAGGUUUUAACUUACUCUUCCCAAUAAUCGAUCGAGUUAAAUACGUACAAAGUUUGAAAGAAAUUUGCAUACAGGUACCGAAUCAAAGUGCAAUUACAUUUGAUAAUGUAACGCUUGAUAUCGAUGGAGUGUUGUACUUAAAAAUAAAUGAUCCUUAUUUGGCUUCUUAUGGCGUCGAAGAUGCUGAGUUUGCCAUAAUGCAAUUAGCACAAACUACAAUGAGGUCAGAAUUGGGAAAAAUAUCUUUAGAUAAAGUAUUUAGGGAAAGAGAAGGUCUGAAUGUUUCUAUUGUAGAAAGUAUUAACAAAGCUAGUGAAGCAUGGGGUAUAUUGUGUCUUCGAUAUGAAAUCCUUGAUAUAAAGUUACCAAAUAGAGUGCAAGAAGCUAUGCAAAUGCAAGUUGAAGCUGAACGAAAAAAACGAGCUGCUAUCUUGGAAUCUGAAGGAGCCAGGGAAGCUGAAGUAAAUAUAGCAGAAGGCAAACGGCUGGCUAGGAUUUUAACUUCUGAGGCUGCAAGACAAGAACAAAUAAAUAAAGCCACUGGUGAAGCUACCGCAUUAAUAUCCGUAGCAGAAGCACGUGCAAAAGGUUUACAAUUGGUAGCCAAUUCUCUUUCUCUUAGAGACGCAAAAAAUGCAGCAGCUUUAAGUAUUGCAGAACAGUAUGUAAAUGCAUUUAAUAAACUAGCAAAAGUUAAUAAUACUAUAAUAUUACCAAGCAAUGUAGGAGAUGCUACAUCAUUGAUAACACAGGCUCUCUCUAUUUACAAACACGUUAUGCCUCAAUCUGAAUUAAAAGAUCAGAAAGAAACAGAUAACCAAUUCCAACAAGCUGUUUCAGUAGAUAUUGAUUCCACGGAUGAAGCCUAUGAAUAUUUUAGCGAUAAAGAAGAAGCAGAGCAGCAUAAAAGAAACAAAAAGAAGCCAAAAGCAUUGUAAUAUAUAAAUCUUGAGAACAUUAAAAAUAAAUAUUGAAUAUUUCUAUUAUAA